AUGACGGCGCGGAGCCUCGUCCUCCUCGCGACCUGGGCGCGCGCCGAGUGGUGCGCCGUCCAGAUCGCCAACGUCUUCGGCGACGCGCCGCUCAGCGUCGAGUGGCGCCUCGACGCGGCGCCGGACGUCGUGGCGGCGGCGGCGGCGGCCGUCGUCGACGAGCUGCCCGCGUCUGCAUGGCCGGCCGCCGUGGAGGCGGCGGUCCGGUCCACGAUGGCGGCGCACCGCGCCAACGGCUGCGCCGGGUCGCCGGCGCCGCGGUGCGUCUUCGACGCCGCGGCCGAUCGCUGCGGCGGCGUCGCGGAGAAUCUCGCGGCCGCGGCGCCCUACGCGGCGACGAAUCUCACGGAGACCCUCGCCCUGGCCUGCGCGAACUGCGACGUCGCGUGCGGCGGCGGCGUCGGCUGCGCGGUCGCGGCCGCCGCGGCCGCGGCCGCGGCGGCGGCGGCCGCGCGCGCGGCCGACGCCGCGGAGGCGACGGCGCGGACGUCGGCGACCGUUGAGAGCGAGGGCGUCGUCGUCGACGCAGCCUGGGCCGAGCGGGGCCGGGACCUCGUCGUCUUCGCGUCCGCGGGCGGCCGCGAGGUCGCGCGGCGCGUGCCCUGGGCGUCGCGCGAGCGGCGCCACGGCGCGGCCGCGGUCGCCGCGGCCUUCGCGCGGACCGCGGACGUCGGCGCGGCCUGCGGGGCGGCGGCGCGCCCCGCGGGACGGACGUGCGCGGUUGUCUACGUCGGCGACCUGCGCAUCCGGGACGGUAUUCACAGGCACGCAGCAAAAGGAGAAACCGAAAGACACCGCGGUAUUCACAGGGAGAAACCGAAAGACACCGCGGUAUGCUGCAGGCGACUUUGUUCGAAGACGACUUUGAUGGCGCAGAGAGGACAAAAGCGGGCUGCGGACGACGACGGCGAGGCUGCCUUCCUAGCCGACCUCGAUGGCCUCUUCGAGCCCGACGAGCCCACGGCGCUCGUCGAGGCCAAGAAGCAGAAGGGGCGCCCCUUGGGGAGCGUCUCCGGGCCGACCUCCCGCCCCACGCACUUCCUCAAGGCCUGCGUGGACGCCAAGGCCGGCAAGGCGUGGCUCAUGGAGCUGCCCUACAAGUGCUCGCAUGAGAUCCACAAGGUCUACAACGGCGGCGCGCCGACGUUCUGGGCCUUCGACGAGGGCCCCAAGUCCCGGCACGCGAUCGACGCGUUGCCGCUGCGCGGCGCCGACGAACCGGGCAUCGCGCACGUGUAUCUGCGCCCCAUCGAGCUGAGGAUCGAGGCGGGGCAGAAGGCGUCCAAGAUCCACGGCGACCUCAUCGUCGAGGCGGGCCAGGACGCGGCCCGGAAGGCGGCCCUGCCUGACCUCGCGCAGGUGCAGUCGUACGUCAAGAACUACAAGCUCCGCCACGCGCCGCGCUGGAAGCUCGAGAACGUCGCGGACCUGCAGCUCUACUACGGCACGUCCAAGGUCCACGACAAGGCCGGCUUCGACGCGCUCGUCGCGUCGAAGGGCACCGACGCCUUCGUGCUCAUCGACAUGAUCACGCUCACGGACGGCGAGGGCGGCGUGUACGAGGCCUGCCUCUUCUCGUCGUCGACCAUGCUCAACAUCGGCAAGAAGGCGGCCGCGGUCUACGGCGAGGACAACAUCCUCUGCGUCACCGACGGCAAGCACAAGACUGAGGCCGCCGGCUGGAUCAUCAUCCCGUUCGGCACGUCGACGCGCUACUUCGACAGGGACAAGGGCAAGUACUCCAACAAGUUCCUCCCCAUCGCGUACAUCUUCACCAAGUCCGAGACCAAGGACGUCUUCACGUUCGCCCACGCGGGCACCGUCAAGGCGCUCUCCGUCUUCAUGGGCGUCAAGGUCACGUUCAGCGCGCUCUGCGCGGACGCCUCUCCGGCGAUCCGCUCCGGCUUUUUGGGCUUCGAGCCCCCCCUCGACCCGGGCAUCGCGGACGUCGCGGACGUCGCGGACAAGGGCGUCGACGACCUCGACGACGACGGCAUCACGACGGCGCGCGGCGAGGACGAGAACGUCGCGCCGCAGUCGCCCAACGUGCGGGACCGCUCGUCGCACGUCCUCAAGGGCCCCCCGCCGCGUCCAAGGAAGGUCCGCGGCGACGACGACGACGAGGAGCAGGAGUCGGAGGACGAGUGCCCCGUCGACGAGGAGGCCGCGCGCGAGAUCGGCGAGGCGCUGGUCAAGCGGGCGAGAUACACGAUCACGAUGCCCCAGGAGCGGAUGCGCGCGGGCGUCGCGGAGCGCUGGCGCGACGUCGACGUCAAAGACCCCGUGACGCGCCGAUGGUUGAACCGCCUCUACAACGCGGCCAUCGACGAGUCGGACGCCGCGCUCGAGGCCGCGCGCGUCCAGUACAUCCAGGAGGACGUUGACUGGCGUCACUACGACAAGUUCGAGGAGCUCUUCGAGGGUUUCCUGAGCGAGUUCAACCUCGAGCGCACCAAGGAGCGGCGUGCAUGGGUGAAGGGCAUCGCGUGCGCCCACCUAAAGCGCGGCCAGGAGGCCGAGAAGGGCGACGGGGUCGUCGCGGACAAGCGCGAUGCCGCGGGGUCGCCGCGCGGCGAGCCCCAGGUCGCCGUGCGCCACGUCGCCGGCGUCGCCGACGUCGACACGGCGUCGACGCCGACGCGCGGCGUCGUGCUGACGUCGCAGGGCGAGGGCGAGGCCACCGCGGAGGACCGCUUGGCCGUGCAGGCGACGGGCGUCGUCGACGCGCGCCAGCCCCAGGACCUCGUGCGCGACGGCGCCGACGCCCGCGGCGCCGCCAUGGCGUCGCCGCCGACGCGCGACAUCGUGCCGACGGCGCACGACGGCGAGGAGGGCGCCCCGGAGGUCCGCGAGGACCCGGAACCGGCGAUCGCGCAACUUUUUGCUGGCCACUGCGUCGACUGGAAGCUCGAGUGCCAGAAGCCGUGCCCCAAGCAGGCCGGCUCGAAGUCGGCGCAGCGCUACGAGGGCUACAUGCACGCGACGACCGUCGGCGAGUACAAGGCCUUCGGCGGGUCCGCCGCGGACCUCAGGCACGACAUCCGCAAAGAGUUCGUCAAGGUCAUCCUGCCGGCCGGCGUGGCGGCCCCGGCACGAGCCGCCGUCGUCGAGGACCGUGCCGCCGUCGCGGACCUCGUGCUCCUGAACGACGAGGCCCUGGCGCCAGCGUCGCGCUCGACGUCGACGGACUACUACCACGUCCUGCGCAAGAUCACGCAGGAGGUCGGCAUCAAGAAGCUGCGCGACGCCAAGGCGCACGGCGGCGAGCUGAAGCGCGUCGUCGUGCUCCUCCACUCGUGCGAGACCCUCGAGCAGUUGCGCGCGCUCGCGAAGCUUUUCACGAGCGCGCUGCGCGAGCGCGACGACCUCAUCCUCGCCGACUACCUCACGAAGCCGUCUACGGGCUACUUCGUGGAGCCGUUCAACCGGUGGUUCGUCGCGGCGAACUGGCUGCGCCAGCCCGACGGGACCGUCAAGGGCGCGCGGUACGGUCCUAGCACCCAGCACGGCGAGCGCUACAACAAGAUGCUCGAGGACGACAUCCUGUGCGGCAAGCGCGCGUCGAAGGAGCACCUGCUCGAGACCAUCAUCCCCAAGCUCCUCAAGCUCGACGGCGCGCGGCUCGGGCCGUUCGAGCUCAUGGACGUGCCGACGGCGAUCCCAUCCGACGUGCUCGCGGCGGCGCGACGCGUCGUCAAGCUCCAGGAAUACUUCGUCCUCGCGCCCAAGGGCGCCGUGACCCGGCCGCCGCGCGGCAACUACUGCGUCGGCACGCGCAUCUACGUGAACCGCCCGAAGUUCCACGGCCGCGCGGUGACCCCGGAGCGCGUGCGCGAGCACGAGAUCGGCCGUCACGGACGAUACACCAAGGCGCUCUCCGUCGGCGACUUCGAGAAGCGCUACCUGUCGCUCACGCGCGUCGAGAAGACGCCCGAGGGCUGGAUCGCGCCGACGGAGUCCUACGUCUUCCAGGGCCAGCGCGAGCUCAGUGAGUCGGAGCUCGGCCAGGCCCUCGGCAUGUACGAGCUCUACGAGAAUCACAUGGCCAAGGCGACGGCGGCGAACGAGAUGGCCAUGGCCGGCAUGUCUUUGUGA